AUGAGUUUCCUCGACUCCAUCCUCUCAUCCAUCCAGACGGGCAAACCGUCCUCGGCAUCACUCUCACAGCCGCCGGCACCCCCCGCACCCUCCUCCACCGCGAAGAACCAUGACCGCAAACCAGCACCAGCAUCGCGAGACAUUCCUGUGCGUGGAAAUGUCAGUGGUGGAAUAAAACGCAAGGCCGAAGAACAGCUACCUCGUCCGACGAAGCCCAGCAGCCAAGCGCCCAGCAGACCAACUGCGUCACGGCCCACCGAGUCGCCUGCAGCUUCGAAGCAUGUGCCCAACCCCAUAAUGAAGCCUGCAGCUGCUUCUCAAGCUCCCAAACCGGCUGCACCGGCAUCGAGAAAUAGCGCGCCUGCUACCGCAAAGACGGCACCAGCCAAACCCGUACCAGCCCGGCCCGCGCCGGUGAAGGCCACUCCUGCUGCCCCAUCGAAGCCACCACCGAAAGGAUCCUUUGCAGAUAUCAUGGCACAGGCGAAAUCACUACAACAGAAAGCGCCGACGCAAGCGGGCAUGUUCAGGCAUCAAGCAGUUCCCAAAGAACGCCUGAGCAAACUGGAGCGCAAGAAGCGGAUGAUGGAGGCACAGGCGAAAGAGAAAGAACAAGCGCGGCUGGCCAAGAAAGGCGCCCCGAUUGCUGCCAAGGGCAAAGCAGACGGAAAGAGACCCGAGCGGGAGGAGAUUUCCUACAAGGGCACUGCCAAACAGUCACAGCACCCUGAACCACCUGUGUAUCGCGGAACAGCAGGUAUGUCGGCCGCUCGCGGUGCACAUGAUCGCAAGCGAUAUGGCCGACGAUCCCGAGUGGAUGAAUACCUAGGCACGGACGAAGAGGAUGAAGGGGACUACGGUGGUUAUGAUGACGGAUGGUCGGAUGCAUCCUCUGAUAUGGAAGCCGGUUUAAACGAUGUGGAGCAAGAAGAGGCGGCGGCGCUGAGAAGUGCCAGACGUGAAGAUGAAGAAGAGCAGCGGGCGGAGGAGGCAGCCAAGAAAGCGAAGCUGGAGCGCCAGAAGAAGCUGGCGGCGCUGGCCCGGAACAAGCGGUAA